UCCUCUCAAAAAAAAAAAGAGUUCCUCGUCUUCAUCCGUUCAACGUCAAUCCCUGUGCCUGUGCCUGUGCUGUGAGCGAGCCGACGAAUCCGUGCGGAACCCCCUCGUCCCUGCAGCCCAAGCCUGAACACCGAACAGAAGAAGAGGUCUGUGCGCGAAGCAGCGCCCCGAGCCCCCGACAGCGUCCUGCGCGAGAAUCGAAAGCUGCUUCGCCUGCACAAGCCUCUAAUCCUCUCCGCCGCUCCAGCACCAAGAGCUUCCAAUUUUGGCGCUUGUUGCUGCUUAAAUUUCUCCAUUUUCCUUAAAAAAAUCUCCGUUCGAUUUGCCGAAUCGGAAGACCAAAGUUACACUUGGAACUACCCGAAGGGAAUGCUUCUCAACACACCUAGUAUUUCCUGGCGAUGCUGUACUUCAUGGAAUAUGUAUUCUGAGUCUAGGCAGUUACCAGGAAGGUUGACUCAAAGAGUUGAUUUAUGGAAUUCUUCGUGCUCACAAACAUUAAGGCAUCACGCCAGGAUAGGUUCAGUUAAGAAGAACAUAAAGCCAUCUAAUCUGCAAACUACAGCAUGUUCUGUCAGUUUAGGGCGAGAGUCGCAGUGCAGACUAUCAACAAGAAGCCAAAUCCUAAGUGUAAAGUCUGGUAUACUUUCCCAUCACAAGUUUUCUAGUAUAAGUUGGCGUUUGGGAAGUAUGCCACGAAAAAUAGGAGGUAUAGCCUCUGGACAAGGUUUUGCAGUGUCUGGGAUGGCAAGUGCUGAGGGUCCUGUGGACAACAACAUUGAUAGCACCCAGCCUGCUGAAUCAUCAGCAAAUUUAUCUCAUGGGAAGAAAGUUUACACAGAUUAUUCUGUCACUGGUAUUCCUGGAGAUGGAAGAUGUCUGUUCCGUUCUGUGGCCCAUGGUGCUUGCAUUAGAUCAGGGAAACCCAUACCUAAUGAGGAUCUUCAGAGAAAGCUAGCCGAUGAGUUGAGAACAAUGGUUGCUGAUGAGUUUAUCAAGAGACGAGCAGAGACUGAAUGGUUCAUUGAAGGGGACUUCGAUGCAUAUGUCUCUCAGAUUAGAAAGCCACAUGUUUGGGGAGGUGAACCAGAGUUAUUCAUGGCUUCGCAUGUUCUUCAGAUGCCAAUCACGGUUUACAUGCAUGAUAAAGAGGCUGGCGGUUUAAUAGCAAUAGCUGAAUAUGGCCAAGAGUAUGGGGCAGAAGCCUCCAUCCAAGUUCUUUAUCAUGGUUACGGCCAUUAUGAAGCUCUACAGAUACCGGGAAAGGGUGGUCCUAGGUCAAGAUUGUAACAUUUGCAGCUCAGCUUUCAAAUGGUCGCUUCCCUUGGCAGGCGGAGAGACACCGGCAGCAAGUUAAGAUCCACAUUGCUGUGCUUUUGUGGCGAGGAACAGAUGGCCAGAAUUCGGCACAUGCCUGGAGCUGCCAAAGGAACGGAGAUCUGCACCCGCUUUCCUACCAAAACAUUCCAACUAUUGAGCCCUGUGCGCUGCCUACAUCAUUGCAAGGUCAGAUGCUGAAGAUUACCUUACCGUUGAUGCUCUCUUGGAGUCAAAAGCUGCAUAUAGCUUUUUACCCCUAAACCCUUGGCUAUACAGAGUUCUUGUCAAAUAUUGCUGGCAACAUCGCUUGAUGGGUCGUGUAUUCUUGUCAUCUUGGUGUUUAUCCACACUUCUCCUCUA